AUGGAUGACGACGACUUUGGCGCGGAUGCCGACUUCCUUGCAGCCCUGGCGGCCACGGAUGUCGGCAACAACAGCAGCAGCAACAAGGUGCCUGCGCAGCAACAAGUACGGACACAAUCACCAGCACAACAACGGCCACCGCCGACAGCGCCGCGGAUACAGCAGCCCACGCCGCAGAGAAUCCAGAAGCCUGGCGCCGCACCGGGGGGGCAGCCGACACCGCGCAUCGUGCAGCCGACACCCCAGGCGCUGGGAGGGCCGGGCGUCGUGGGUUCGUCGGCCAGCGGCGCGUCGUCGACGCCGCAUCUGACGCGCGGAGGACCCGCGUCCGGCUCGACGAUUCUCGUGUCGCCGCGCCAAAAGGGCAACCCCAUUCUGGCCCAGCUGCGGUCGGUGCCCUGGGAGUACAGCGACAUUACGGCCGACUACGGUCUGGGCCCGUCGACCGUGGCCCUGUUUCUGAGUCUCAAGUACCACCGGCUGCACCCCGAGUACGUGUUUGCGCGCUUUCGCGGUCUGACGGCCGGCGGCGCGCCGCGCCACCGCCUGCGCAUCCUGCUGGCGCUCGUCGACAUUGAGAACCACGAAGAGACGCUGCGCGAGCUCGCCAAGACGUCGCUCGUCAACCAGGUGACGCUGAUUCUGUGCUGGUCGGCGGCCGAGGCCGCGCGCUACCUGGAGCUGUACAAGACCUUUGAGCACGCGUCCAACUUCUCGGCCAUCCGCGGGCAGCAGGCGGCCGGCUACGCGGAGCGGCUGGUGCAGUUUGCAACGGUGCCGCGGGCGGUGAACAAGUCCGACGCGGUGGCGCUGGUGGGGUCCUUUGGCAGCCUGCGGCGGGCGGUGCAGGCGGAGCCGGAGCAGCUGGGACUGGUGGCCGGCUGGGGCGAGAAGAAAGUGCAGGCGUGGCGGCGUGCGGUGGAGGCGCCGUUCCGGGUGCAAAAGGGGCGGAAGAAGGGGGCCAAGGCGGCGGCGGGGACGGGGACGGGGACGGGGACGUCUGGCAACACGACUGCCGAGGCAGAGGCAGAAGCAGAAGCAGAAGCAGAAGCAGAAGCAGAAGCAGAAGCAGAAGCAGAAGCAGAAGCAGGGGAGAUCGGCACCGACUUUGACUCGGUUUUCAACAAUCGUUUACAUCAAGCGCAGACGGCGGAUGGGGUGACAGCAGCAGCAGCAACAGCAGCAGCUCCUCCCCCACCAUCGCCCAAGAAGCGCGGUACGUCGGCAGCCAGCACGUUUAGUCCGCCACGACCGCAGCGGCCGCCGGAGGAACUCAGCGACGGCGUUGCAGCCGCCCUGGCCAAGCUGCGGGACAAGUGA